AUGUCUGCCCCAAUCUUGGCCCACCAUCCCCGCGAGGAUGGUCUGCAAUCCGCCAUCCCUACUUCCGACACUGGAACUAUCGUCGGGAAUAAGCCAAGCAGUUUGCCCCUCUGCUGGGGCCAUCGAGGGGCGUCCGCUAGUUUCCCCGAGAACACGCUAUGCUCUUUUGAAGCCGCAAUCAAGGAUGGUGCUGAAGGGAUUGAAAGCGAUGUCCAUGUGUCCGCCGAUGACGUGGUUCUGAUGUUCCAUGACCCAUCCCUCGAGCGCACAACCGAUGGCCAAGGCCUGAUUGGCAGCUUGCCUUAUGUUGGGGGAAUCGAUGGCAUUCGCACUCUCAAGGCACCUCAUCAGAAGAUCCCCACCUUCGAUGAGGCGAUGGACCUACUGAUGCUUAAAGAAAAUCGCCACGUCGUCUUCAACAUUGAUUGCAAGCCGAACAAUGAUCCUGAGCGGUUAUUUGCUCUGAUCAAAGCUUCAAUUGAACGAUUUGAGGACCAUGCCCUUCUCCUCAGCCCGCGUCUGGUACUCGGCUUGUGGCACCCGAAAUUCCUCGAACCUUCUGCUCGGCUUUUACCUGCACUUAGAAAGGCCUACAUCGGCAGUUCUCCUUCAAUAGCUCGGAAAUACUUUUGGGACGCUUGCUCAACGUUCAGCAUGAAGUUUUCGUGUCUUGUAGGCUGGGAGGGCUUGUCGUUUAGAGAGGAUUGCCAAAAGGCCGGUAAAAGCCUCCUCGUUUGGACCGUCAACGACCGCCAGGAAAUGAUUGAAGCCUGCAAAUGGGGUGUUGAUGCGAUCCUCACCGACAAAACCGCGGAUUAUCUUGCCCUUCGUCAACAGAUGACAGAUGACUGGACUGCUGUCACUGCCGAGACAUCAGCCCUGUUUCCGUACUCAUCGAUUCAUUAUAAUGGUCUCGUUUCGUGGCUGUGGGGCAGAUUAGAUUCUUACUCUCUUUCGCGCUCAGUGGGCCCAUUUUCUCCCAUGACUACUCCAUAG